UCGAAUAGUUCAGAUUGCUGCGCAGGUUCAGCGCUUAGCAUGUGUAUGCCUUUUUACCAUGCAGCAAAAUUUUAUCUCUGCGGUCGGGGCCACUGCCGCUGGCUCCCUGUGUGGUGCCGCCCGAGCACAGAAAGCGAGCGAGCCUUUUUCAUGGAUUGAGGAAUACCGGGUAUACUGGGCUCUGUGGCAUCUGGUCUACUAUUCUAUCCUCCGUGAGGCUGCGAAGGCACUGCCUGCAGAUUCGGUACAAGGGAUAUAUGCGUGUGCUGUCCGGAACCAAAGGGACACACCCAGAAAUGAAUAUAUCUGGACGGUGGCGGCAGUUCUCUCAGACUUGGGACUACAUCCCUCCUACGGGGACUCUGAACAGCAGGAGCCCUCAAAAGCCUUCUGGGAUUUCCCGGAGGAGGCACCCAUACCUUUAUUCACAUCCUUUGAGUUCGGCUUUGAGAAUUACCUCAUCUGGAGCCCUCAACCAGUACCGGAAAGUACCCCCGUUAUAAGUAUCUGGAAUCGGGGGGCGGAUAGGUGUGACAAUUCGUCAACGCAGACGGGAAGCCAUUUAGACCUCGCCAAAGCCCACUUGAGCCCGGCCAGUCCACAGGAAGUAUGCAGGGUGGAGCUGAAAAAUGACUCAACGGCUUGA